UAAUUUUGGCCAAUGAUCAACAUAAUUCGGCUAAGAAAUUGGCGCAAAAAGGUUUAUGUAACACAAUGUCAUACAGAGCAUUUAUAAAAAAUUGUGAUUUAAAUUUACCGUCAACAUUUUUAAAAUUCCUUCAGAUAAACGAAAUAGAUCCCGCAGUGUACACAAUUCAAAAUUUACCUAGAUACAUUCGAUUAAAUUCUUAUUAUUAUCAAGAUGAACAUUCACAAUUACAAAUUUGUAAAGAACUAGAAGAGCAAAUUGGAUCAAAAAUUUGGCCUGUAAAAGGAAUUGAUGGUUUUUUUGGAUUAGAUGGUAAUUGUAGGAUUGUUAAUUGUAAAGCAUAUAAAGAGGGAAAGAUAUUUGGUAUAGAUCUAAGUUCAGGGAUCGCUGUUUACGCACUUGAUAUUCAUCCAAAUGAACAUAUUUUAGAUUUAUGUUGUGCUCCAGGAGCAAAAUUAUGCAUGAUAUCUAAUAUCUUGGGCACAAAAGGGUGUGGUACAAUUACUGGAGUAGAUAUUUCACGUGAUCGCGCAUCAACAUGUAGAAGUUUAUUAAAAAAAUACAAGAUAAGUCGAGCUAGAUUGUUUGUCGCCGACGGUACAACAUUUAAU